UUUAUUUAUUUGGUACAUAUGUGCUGUGAUAUGAAAACCUCCAAAUGCCUUCCUUUCUCUUCCUUGCGCUUUUUGCAUCUUGUUUCUUGUCCUCUAUUUCCUUCUCUUCCUAGUCUUUGUUUCUUCCUUAGUUUUUUCCUCUGUUUUGUCCCCUUCCGUUUAACGGCUAGCUAGGAGAGCAUGUAUCAUUACGGCCACCACCAUCGUCUUCCUUGCUUGCGUUGCCACCCACAUAGCUACAUUAGGAUGGUUCAGCAUCUGAUAGAGAGAUGUUUGCUCCUUCACAUGAGUAGAGACCAAUGCGUGAAGGCACUGGCUAAGCAUGCUAGCGUUCAUCCACUUGUUACACUUACAGUGUGGAGAGAACUACAGAAGGAGAAUAGGGACUUCUUUCAUGCAUAUUUCCAUUCAAUUUCUCCAAGGCAUUUCACGAGCAGGCGUACUCGAAGGGUGUUGAGAUUAACAAGGGAAAUAUAAAAUUAAAGUCCAUGAUGGGAUGACUUGCAAACACUCCACGAUCAUCGGGAAGUACGUGGGUAUAAAAGCUACAUUUAUGAUGAAUGGUAGCUAGGGUUUGGACGGUACAUGCCCUCAGGCCUCAACUACAGUAUUAUAGUUGAAUGUGAUAUAAUUAAUAGGAUACAAGAAAAAAAA